AUGUCUAGGUCGAUACAACUCAAGGAGGAAGGCAAUCGCCACUUCCAGCAUGGCGACUAUGCUGGAGCGGAGGCUUUGUAUUCCAAGGCCAUCAUUGCCGAUCCGAAGAACCCCGCUCUAUACACGAACCGCGCAAUGGCGCGCCUCAAGCUCGAGAUAUGGGACUCGGUUGUCUCCGACUGCGAGUCGUGUCUCGGACUCACCACCGACAACCUCAAGGCCCAUUACUACCUCUCCCAGGCCCAGCUCGCCCUCAAAGACUACGAUUCUUCUCUCACAAACGCUCAAAAGGCCCACCAGCUCUGCGUGCAGACUGGCGACAAAUCACUCGCGGCCAUCACCGCACAGGUGUUGCGCGCGAAGAAGGACCGAUGGGAUUGGAUGGAGAAGCGGCGAACACGGGAGGCACGACACCUCGAGAAUGAGGUCAUUGAGCUGAUGGAAAAGGAGCGUGAACAAGCCGUUGCGAAUGCAAUGGACGACGGCGAAAAGAGGGAAAUCGAGGCUGAGUGGGAACAGAAGAUCGAGAUGUUGAGGAAUACAUUCGAGAAGAGUCGCUCGGCGGAGGAAAAGAGACGUGAGGUUCCGGAGUGGGCUAUCGACGACAUUAGCUUCGGUAUCAUGGUCGACCCCGUCCUUACCAAGACGGGAAAGUCAUACGAGAGGGCAUCCAUAAUGGAGCAUCUCCGUCGCCACCCGAGCGACCCCCUUACACGCGAACCCCUGCUGCCGUCCGAGUUGAGACCUAAUCUUGGCCUUAGGCAGGCUUGUGAAGAGUUCCUCGAAGAUAACGGGUGGGCGGUGGACUGGUAA